AUGGCAUCGCCCGGAACCCUCAUCCCCGACCUAGAGUCUGCUCCUACUCCAAUCCCAUCAUCAUCCUCACCGUCAUCUUCAUCAGCAAACCCGACAAAUCAAGAUCCUUACAGAAAUUAUCACAGAUCGCUACCGGAACCCGAAGGCAGGCUAAAACGGAAGGCUAUCGCCAGCCUGGGCUCUCACACCCUCUCCAAAUCAUCCAUCGCCAAUGGCUCUCCCGGUGGCAAAAUCGGUCCUCAAAGAACCACAAAGAACAUCCAGAAGCUGAAGCUCCUUCCGGCCCCGGACGAUGGUGAAGGCGACGAAGAAUCCGGCAGGGAUGUCUACUCCCAGGUCACCCGAAUCAAGGACACAACCGCCCGACGGGAUGCCGAACGUCUGGGAAAAGCCGAACGUGCUCACUUGCCUCGCACCACCGCUUACUGUACCGCUGGUAAAUACAAUAUGGAGGGAUUAAUGAAAUUUCUGAAGUCAAAAACUACCACUAGAGGUUCUAAUCCUAAGCAAUUCGACGAAUGCAUCUACACACCCUUUUCGUAUCUCUACCAGAAGCGAGUCCGGGAACAGACGGAGCAAGACCUCAUCGACUUUCAAGAGCUCCAAUUGACCGAAUCGGCCCCCGCUGCCAUAGUAGGCCCGGACAGCCCAACCCUUGAGCGAAAUCCAGACGUCACGAGCGAUGCGCUUUCAUUUGUUGAUACGCAUCUAAUCACACCUGAAAUCUUCCUAUUCGAGUAUGGCGUCGUAGUAAUCUGGGGCAUGACACUACAGGAGGAAAAGAGAUUUCUGAAAGACAUUGCCAAGUUUGAGAUGGAAAAAUUGGGAGAGGAGGACGUCCAGGUCGAAAAUUUCAAUUUCUAUGUCACCAGCUCGUACCAGCCGCGUAUCUACAACGAUUUCAUUACUCUGAGCGCGGGAAGUAGUUAUAUGGUCAAAUUGAGCAUCAGUCAUGCGAUUGCGCAAUCCGUGAAGAUCUCGCUCUACGAAGACUUGGUUGACAACACCAUCGAAGAUACAAAGUCAAUUCCACAAGAUGUAGCAUUGACGGGUAAAGUCCGUAUGAGCAGGCGAAAAAUCAUGAUGCACAUUGGCGACCUCUUCAUCUUGCGGAUCAACAUCAACCUACAAGGCAGCGUCAUGGACUCUCCAGAAUUGAUGUGGGCUGAGCCACAAUUGGAACCAAUUUAUCAAGCUGCCCGUUCAUAUCUUGAAAUCAACCAGCGAGUAUCUUUGUUGAACCAAAGACUAGAUGUUAUCAGUGAUUUGCUUCAAAUGUUGAAAGAACAACUGUCGCAUUCCCAAGGCGAGCGACUAGAAUGGGUAGUUAUUGUCCUCAUUGCCGUCGAAAUCCUCGUAGCAUUGGUAAACGUAGCUGUCGAUUUAUUUGCAAGCGUCGAUUAA